AAACAAAAUUGUAACUAAAAGAACACUGGAAACGCUGAGCAGGCCUGACCAGAGCGAGUUAACCCUUCAACUUCGGACCCUUUGCCGACCCACAGGAAACCAAUUCACUUGAAUUCAAUAAGAACACGACUAUCUCUGAUUCGGCGAUAAAAAUCACUGAAUUUGUACACUUGAAACCUCCCCACCCCCCACAAAGCGUCUCUGCCUGAUCACAGGAGACCACCCUUGCUCUUACAGAUGUUUGCAAUGGAAUUAAAUUGGUAAUUGGAGGCGAUUUCCGCAAUGACCAGCCAGUGAAUGUGAACGCCCAAGAAAUACUCCAGCAACAAUUCAUCGAUGGCCCAAUGUUUGUGCUAUAAGGAGCCUUUGUACAACUCUGUGACAUCUCUUGUGCUCCCAUCGCUUCCUGUGGGGCGAGCUGCCGGUUUCAGAAAGACCACUGGGCGGGACAGCCCCGCUAAAUUCAUACCGAAGCGAAGAGGCCAAAUUCUCCAUUUGCAUCGCCCCCUCUUGACGUGCCGACCUGAAUGGGUUCAGGGUGUGCGAAGCAUCUCACCUGGAUCAGGCAAACGAGGGCGCCCGAUGCAAAUAUUGUUUCCAAGAUGUUUAGCUGAACUUGGUCUCACCGAGGGGGAUUGAAAGUGACGCCGGUUUGUAGGAGACAUUAACGCCAUCCUCGUGUACAGGGCGCCCCUCCCGGGGGGGGUGUGAGAUUCGGCUGCAGCUGCAGAAACAGCUGGAUUAAAUCCUGCAGAGCAGGGCGGCGCUGACGUCAGGUCGGCUGCUUUAAGAAAUGGCGGUGGCUGGCGAGGGAGAAGAGAGUAAAUACAUUUAAAAGUGGCCCCAGUUGGUUAGGGGUGUGUGUGUGUGUGUACAUAGCCGUGACGGGCAGCGGGAGAGCUGCAGAAUGUCCCGGGACUGGGCUCCGCUUCUGAGUGAGCAAGAGGAGAGUCGCUACUCCGACCUUUUCUCAUUCACUCUGCCAGACACCGACUCCACGGGCAGAGUUGCAGCCGGAACGAAAGUUGGCGAGUUAUUCCGAGCCUCUCAGCUCCCUCCAGACACUUUACACCAGAUCAUGAACCUAUGUGGUGCAAAGCAACUGGGUUAUUUUGGCCGUGGUCAAUUUUACAUUGCCCUGAAACUGAUAGCUGCAGCCCAGUCUAGCCUUCCAGUACAUCUGGAAAGCAUUAACUGUGAAUUGCCGCUUCCUCAAUUCCUUGCAUUGAAGAGUGACAAUGAGGUACAAAAAGGUAACCUUUCCCAAAGUGCAGACAUCCAUGAGCAACUGGCUCGCGCAGUCUCGAUAGUGAGCUCCCCCAGAGGCAUAGACAUAACAGGAAAAACGCAGGAACCUGUGUCUGCAGCUACUUUGCCUUUCACCUCUCCUCCUCCUUCACCCUCCUACCAAAAAGGUCAAGCAGUAAGUGGAGAUGGGAGACCAAGAGUUGGUUUUGAUCAAAAUCAUGCAGUCACUCAUGAAGGAAGCCCAACGGUAGGCUCUGUUGUAUAUCCAGAUGGACAAGCCCAUGGGAACUAUAUAUCUAAGCCUUACUCAUUUUAUGCUCAGAAGCAAAUAUCUGUACAACCAGCAGAUCCAGAAGCACAAGAGGGCCCUUCAGACUACACAGAUGACCCCUGGAGGAUAACUGAGGAACAGCGAGAGUACUACUUCAAUCAGUUUAAAACACUGCAGCCUGAUAUGAAAUCUCUCAUUUCUGGUUCUGUUGCCAAGGACUUCUUUACAAAAUCAAAACUUCCUAUUCGAGAACUUUCUCAUAUAUGGGAACUCUCUGAUGUGGAUUGUGAUGGAGCUUUGACAUUGUUUGAGUUCUGUGCCGCCUUUCACCUUGUUGUAGCCAGGAAGAAUGGCUAUUCAUUGCCAGCCACACUUCCUGAGACCUUGAUGCCUGAAUAUCUACAGAGGAGCGAAGUGUCUCCACAGUCAGUGCAUGAAGAUGUACACUUGGGUUCCCAUGGUAACUCGGCUGUUGAGACUCUCCCAAUACAACAGCAACGGACGAACUGGAAUCGCAAUGAGGAGAAUAUUGUAGCUGAAUCAAUGCCAACUAAAUUACCUGCAAGUACCCUCCAGCAGCCAGAACAGCACUUCUACACUGACAAGCCAGAUUUAAACCUGAGCACAAAUGCUAGUUCCAAACAAAUACCAGGUGAAUACCACACUCCUAAAGAUGCAUUCUGCUUAUUGAAAACAGGUUGUGAAGAACUGGAUUGGAGCCAGAAAAGGAAAACAAGACCCAGAUCAUACUCCAGUACCUCUGCUGAAGAUGCUAUUAAGAAAGGGGAAGUGCCUCCCACUCCGCCACCAAGACUUCCAAAGACUCAUUCCAGAGCCUCUUCUCUGGAUCUUAAUAAACUUUUCCAACAAGAUAACCAAGCCGUGAAGUCUGGUUGGUCACAGCCACCUCCUGCUGUCCCACCGCGACCUCCAAUGGCCAAGAAUGCUGCCAUUCCUACCAAAGCUGAGGGCAGUAAUGUGUCUGCCAAACAGAAGGAGAAAGUUCAACAGCCAAAUUUUGCAGAUUUCAGCAAGUUCAGUGAGCAGGCCGACAAAGGAUCACUAACUGAUCUAUCCUCUCAGGCGAAGAAACCAAGUAAUCCUGGGGAAGAAAAUAGCUGUUCAAUUAAGGACAUGAAACCUCGCCAGCCUCCAUUAAAACCUCUUCGUAGAAAACAUCGACUAGAAAGCCAGGAACAGCUACCGCGACUAAAUGCAACUUCUGCACCAGAUGCUAAACUACACCAGCAACUGCAAAAAAUGCCAUCCAAGCAGAAAAAAGCCAUUCAGACAGCGGUCCGCAAAAACAAGGAGGCCAAUAUGAUUCUGCUCAGGUUGAAUGGCGAGCUGCAGCAACAGUUCAAAGAAGUUCGCAAAGAGCGGAUUGCACUGGAAUCUCAGCUGGAGCACCUUCGACCAGUCCCCCACACGUGACUUCUUCGCCUUCCAGCUGGAGAAGGAUAUGGGAACUCAGAAACUCAAUUACGUGGACAGUUGUACAGACUAAAACUCUGGAUGGGUACUGGGCAAGUGUAAGCACAAUACGGACCACUGUGACACAAUGACCCCUCUGAGUGCCGUCAAUUUAAAGCAACCUGUUUGAGCACAGAAGCAGAAAAAUUUACCCAAGGCAAUCAGGAACAUUUGCAUUUUCAAAUGAUCUUUGAAAAUGGUCAGUUGCUUGAAGUACAAUUUGUCCAGGCUAUCUUGUGUAACAAGUAAUAGAGCAAAUCUUUUUUAUGUGUUGCUAAUGAUUUAAUUUCAAAACGCAAUCCAUGUUGCUAGUCUCUCUUACAUGCAUGUCCAAAAGGCUCAUAAGCUGAAAGGAGGAAAAAUGGAGCAAUCCAAGAUUUUGUUGAAGAUCUUUCUAACAUUUGCAGUACUUUGCCAAAUAACACAAUAACUUCAGAUCUAUAAAAUGUGCUAAUGCUUUCUUCCCCCCACCACCGCCCCAGCAAUUGUUGUACUUCAUGAAAUGCUUACAGUCAUUUUCUUUUUGAAAUUAGCUAUGGGGAAUUGUGCAAAAAGUACACUUUUUCUAAGGAAAUUUAUGAUGAAGAUAAUAUCAGCACUAAAAUUGGUACUUUCUCUUUGGUCAAAAGUGCUGCAUAUGUUUUAUAUUUCCAUAAAUUUUAGUUUUCUUUAGGUGGUGAAGUAUUCGGAUUUUGAGCAGCUGCACACUAUCUGAAAUGAUGGGGAUCUUGUCAGGAUAGUUUAAAGCUCUGCUACACAUAUGUGGACCUGUGAUGAUUGUGACAAAGUAGCAAAAGGAUUUCAUGUAAUGAGGGAGAAACCUUUUCUUGGAAUAGCAUGCUUGUACUCAGUUCAACUACCUGAUGUGUACAUCCAUUCGGGCACAAUGAUUCUCAUGAUGACUGUCACUUUUAUACAUGUCUUUUUCAUACGUGUGCUUUGUAUUUAUGUGCAAUAUUUUUAUUCUGAAUUAUACAUCGUAUAGAAUAGCUAUUUAAAUAGAGGUGUUGGGGAUUGUAGGAUUUAAAUAUUUUCUCCUGAGUAGCAGCUUAUGCCACUCCUUGAUAAACGACUUCAGAGUUGGUAGUACUCUGAAAUAAAUCUGCAAGAGUUUCUAAAAA